AUGACGAUUGCAGAUAAUUCGGCGGAAGAGAAGGAAAGCAGGAGGGCUGUUUAUUCGGAGUGCUUGCCGGAAGUGCAAAUGGAGAUGCCAGAGCCUCUAGUUUCCGAUGACCCUAGUGGGCAGACUACUGGCACUCCUUGGCUGUAUGGGUGCUGCUGGUGCGGCUUGAGAAGACAGCUGCCCUUGUGGCCUAAAUCAGGUGAAUGUGGAAGAGAUGCGGAAGGAGUUGCGCACUGUGAAAAAACAAGCCCUCGGGAAACCCACCUACUUCCAGACGGGCCUAGCCCUCCUAGAAUUGACAUUCGAGGAAACAAGAAUGCUUCCUCUAAUGUGAAUACAUCCAAAGACAGGAAGAAAGAUGAAUCCGAUACGGACAAAAGCGGCAAUAAGCAAUUAGCCGUCUCUACUGCUGGGCCCGUACAAAAAGUGAGAAUGCUUCAGCAGCAGCAGCCAGAACGUACCACGGAAAGUCAGCCACGACGCAGAGUAAACUGCUGUGGUUUUGACACGUCAACACAAAAAGUGAGAAAGCAGCAGCACCGGCAGCAGCAAGACUGUACCACGGAAAGUCAGCCACGGCGCAAAGAACAGCGUUCUGUUUCUGACGCAUUAACACCUCCCUCUGGCCUUUGCGGAUGGGUACUCAGUCCAUGCGCGUGGCUUCACGCAUCUUCAGAGUUUGAGGAAAAGUUAAACGACUCAGGACCAGAGGGAGAUGAUUCUGCAUGUCGUGAAUCAAAGAAGGACUCACUGUGGCACGACGUCAGCUUUCAAACCGUAAGCGGAGUUCGGCGUCGCACCUUGAGGAGGGUAAGGGAUGAAGAACGCCACGUUUGGAUGGAGUACCAGGAGCUGACUCUUCUCGACAAUUCCAGGCGAUUUCAAUGGGUGGAAGUGGUCGACAAUGGAGGAGCCCUCGCAGUGUGA